AUGCAAAACCUUCCGACGCUAGUCUUUAUCCCGGGAGCAUGGCACCAGCCUCUAUGCUACGAUCUGGUUAUCGAUUUACUGCAGAAGAAGCACGGUAUUAAAUGCACCGCAGUAACUCUGCCUUCAACAACUGGAGACCCCUCCAAGACUCUCAAAGAUGAUCUCGAUGCUGCCAGGAAAGCAGUUUCCGACGAAACAAGUUGCGGGCGAGACGUGGUAGUCAUUGCCCACUCAUACGGUGGCCUGGUCGGAAACAGCGUCAUCAAGGGUUUCGCGCGAAAGAGAGGCGGUCUUCAGGAUGCAGAUGCGUCAAAAAUCCCAGCCGCUGGUCACGUCAUUGGCCUUAUCCUGAUCGCCUCUGGAUACACGUUUACAGGACUUGCAUUUAUGGAUCCAUUCUUCGGCCGUGCACCUCACUUUUUCCGCGUAAAUAAAGCUACUGGAUUUGCCGACCUCGCUGUUCCUCCGCGCCAGUUCUUUUACCACGACUUGCCAGCCGACGAGGCAGAGUACCGAGUGUCCCAGCUCACACCACAUAGUCUCAAGUCGUUGUUUGAGGGAGGCGAAUACUCAUACUCUGGCUGGCUGGAUGUGCCUUCAUUUUAUCUCGGUACCAUUGAAGAUCAGGGGCUGCCAGUGAUAGCGCAGCGCAUGAAUGUAGGAAUGGCGAGAGGAAUGGGAGCUUCUGUCGAGCAUAGGGAGCUGCAGACCAGCCACUCCCCGUUUUUCAGCCAGCCGGAAGCGACUGUUCAUGUCAUAUUGGAGGCUGUCGAAGCAUUUUCUGGAAAGCGAGUAGGAAAGGUGGCGAUAAAAAUGGAGCAAGACAAGAGGGUAAAGUUGCCUAACUCUCGACUGUGGCAGCCUUUGACUUGGUUCAAGUAUGGGCUACCGCUGGUCCUUGGUCACGUAAUUGGAAAGUGUGUGUUGGCGUUUAACUGGGGCAGGACCCUAUGGAAGUAUAGGUAA